UAUUUGUGGCCCGCAAAAAUAAUCCGGCGACCGAUAUUUGACGUGUUCGGACAAGCGGCAUGUUGGAAGUACACGUGGAAUAAAACAAAUUUGUAGAAAACACGUGUAUGCGCCUCUCUUUCUCUCUCUCUCUCUCUCUCUCUCUCUCUCUCCCCUUCAUUCACUCUCUCAUCUUCUAGCCACUCUCGCUCCCUCUCAUUCUCACACAGAUAACCUCUGUCCACGCCCCCUGUUCUGGCGAAGUCGCCGGUUAUUCUCCCCCAUCUCUGAUCUCUUACUCACUUUCUCGCUCGUCCCCCUCAUCUCCUCCCACCAAAAAUCCCCAAAAUUUCAAAAACCCUAGGUCCUCUCCCCUACGCCGGUGCCGCCUUCCUUCUCUCUGACUUCGACCGACACCUGCAGCCAUCGUCUACCCUUUCUCGCCUCAACCGGACGGCAGCAACAACGUCGCCAUUCCAGCCGGCUUUUCCCCCUCUUUCCAUCUCCCUCUCCCUCUCUGACAUCGCCACCGCCGCUCGCCGGCCACGGAAGCUCCACCACCGCCUUCUUCUCUCACCGACAGCACGUACCUUAUCUCCCUUACCACCGAACAGCUGCAACAAAGCCGCCGCCGCUUGCCGCCUCAGUCCUACCCUGACUCAAAACACCAAGAUCCCCAAAAUCUACGAAUCCCUAAUUUUCUUCUUCUCUCUCCCUCGCCGUGAACAGGACGGUUUCACGUGAUACAACCAGCUGCUUGCUGGUCCAGUAAACUUGAAGCAAUUGGUUCCGAGAUGUGAAAGCAAUUAAUGGAAAAUAGCAGAUAUUGAGGAGAAAGGGAAGAGAAAAAUGCAGAGAGAAGCUCUGAAGAUGGCGGUUACCUUCUCAGAUCUGCACACAGAAUCCGGCCUCAAGGCCCUCGAUGCCUUCCUCUCCGGCAAGUCAUACAUCUCCGGGAGUCAGUUGACGAAAGAUGAUGAUGAUCUUGAUCUCUUUGGCGAUGAGACAGAGGAAAGGAAGGCUGCAGAAGCGAGGGAAGCAGCCAAGGCACCUGCUAAGAAUAAAGAAAGUGGGAAGUCAUCUGUUCUCAUGGAUAAUAAGCCCUGAGAUGACGAGACAGACAUGAAGAAGCUUGAAGAAUGUGUUCGAAGUAUUAAGAUGCCAGGAUUCUUCUGGGGAGCAUCCAAAUUGGUCCCAAUUGGUUAUGGGAUUAAGAAGCUCCAGAUCAUGCUUACCAUUAUUUAAAGAUAUGAAAUUUCUUUAGUUUUUUUUUUUUUUUAUUCCACGUGUACUUACAACAUGGCGCUUGGCCAGACACGUCAAAUACCGGUCGCCGGAUUAUUUUUUCGGGCCACAAAUAAGAAAAAAAUGAAACGAUGGGUAUUGUUUUGUAAAUAUGCUUAGGGUGGGAUAUAUUU